GGCAGCAUCACUUUCACUCUGAGCUGAGCUCCAGUUUCCUCCCAGCUGCUGCAGCUGCUGCUGAGCUUCACGGUUUAGAGAAGAACUGGAGCAUGGAGAUCCCAGAAAACAGGAGCAUGAAAGAGUCUGAAGAUGUGGACCAUCACUGGGUGGAGACGUUAUUUCCUCCUCGCUUCACUUUUCAAGAUCUGCUUGAAGGCAAAUGUCACAGUACUGAAGAGCCAAGGAUCAGUUCAAGAAGGCAGAUCUACCUGGACGUAUUAAGAGAAGUACAAGCGCAAGAGGAGAAGACGAGGAGGAGCAACCUGGCCAAGAGGAUCAUCAGAGAGGACCAGUCUAAAAGUAAUGUGGAGGAAAAUAAAGAAUCAGGUAAAAUACUGAACGCAUGGACAUAUGGAGAGAUUAGUGUUGGGGAAACGUGCAUUUGGAACGAGGCCGACAUAAACAAACUGCGGGCGGCUCUGACGGAGCUCCAGAGGGACAGGUGGAGACUCAGAGAGCAGCUGAGGAGCUCAGAAGAGCGACUGAAGACUGAAAGAGAGGAGAGGAAGAGGCUGCAGAGGCUUCUGGAGAAAUGUGAGGAGCAGCUGAGCUUCUCUAGAAAGGAGACAGCACGUUAUUCUCUGGCUGUGAAGUCUCUGAAAACGGAGGUCUACCAAAAGGACACACAGUUACAAAAGUUCUCCAAGCAGAUCCAGGAGAACUCUGAUGAGGUGGAUGGGUUGAGGGCAGAACUUAGAAGAACCAGAGACGAGUAUCGACUGAUUAAACAGGAAAGUUCAGACCUGGGCUGGGAGCUGGAGAGAAUGAAAGAGCAACAGAAGAUAGAAGGAGCAAGACAAGCAGAGGAGGCCAGGCUGCAGAACCAGGCAGCUACAGAGAAGCUGCUGAAGGAGCUGCAGGAAGCUCAGGUUGAGCUAAGAACAGAAAAAGAGAGACACAGACUGACUCUCACAGCUUUAGAGCUCCUGCGGCGUCACUUCAGUAAUUUAUGAUGCUCUAAAGGAUAAGAAUAUUUAGUGUUUGUAAUCCUAAACCACUUUUUGCACCAAUUAGUGCAGUACUGGAGUAAUACUGAACUACUGCUGGUCCUGGUGGGCCAGAAUCCAAUAUAGGGAAACCAAUAAACUGGUCUAAUCCCUGCUCUUACAAAACUGAGUCUCUCAAUAAAGCUGGACAAAUCUAACAAAAAAGUAAGUAUUGUCAAAUAGGAAUUUCUCUUAACACGGGAAAAUAUCUAUAUAUCUAUACAUCGUAAUGUAGGGAUUGGCAAAAUGGCCCUAACAUAAUAACCUAACAUUUGAGGGUAGUUUUUGUAAAAAGUGAUAUUCUUGAUGAUAUGACAAAAAAUGGUUUGUUUUAUUUUGAGGGUAUUCUGCUGUUUCAUUAUCCAUAUUUCCUGGUAUUUGCUUAUUUAGAGGUAUUUUAUCCUCAGCGCCAACCAGCUGCAGUCAAACCACACUCUUCCAUCAAACAUUGUACAGAAGUGGCUAAUAACAGAGGGUGUAGACUAGACAAGACAAGACAAGAAAGAGAAAAGAAGAUAAAAUAUGACAAUAGAGAGAAAAGAAAGAAAAGAAAAUCCUAAAGAAACACAAGGGUAAAACUAAGGGACAGUUUGUAACACAGAUGCCGUGAAGUAUAAUAGAAAGUGUCCUUGUGAUACAUCAAGUAUCACUUAAUAAUAUUGAGCUGUGAUUCUCACACCUACUUUUGUUAGUAGUUCUCAAUUACAAUUACAUUUUUAAAGUUUGUUCAUAACUAAAAAAAUACUUUUUAAUUGUUUACAGCUUAAGAGGCCAGUUCAGUUUCUGAAUCAUUUUAUCUGACCUUGCUAUUUAUAAGUAUAUGUUUAGAUAAAAUGAACAUUGUUGUUUUAUUCUAUAAACUACGGACAACAUUUCUCCCAAAUUACCAAUGAAAAUAUUUAUAACAUUUAUUUGCAGAAAAUGAAAAAUUAAAAAAAUAGAUGCAGAGCUUUCAGACCUCAAAUAAUGUAAAAAAAAAAACAAGUUCAUAUUCAUAAAGUUUUAAGAGUUCAGAAAUUAAUAUUUGGUGGAAUAACCCUGGUUUUUAAUCACAGUUUUCAUGCAUCUUGGCAUGUUCUCCUUCACCAGUCUUACACACUGCUUUUGGAUAACUUUAUGCUGCUUUACUCCUGGUGCAAAAAUUCAAGUAGUUCAGUUUGGUUUGAUGGCUUGUGAUCAUCCAUCUUCCUCUUGAUUUUAUUCCAGAGGUUUUCAAUUUGGUAAAAUCAAAGACAUUCAUUUUUAAAUGGUCUCAAUUUCUUCUUAUUUGUGCCAAAAUAUUAACAAAAAGCACAAUUUACAGCAAACAAAAUAUGUAAACUGUUGUAUCGUUUGCAUUUAUAUUUCUAAAAGAGUUUCCCUUAGGCAGGUUCUGUGUGUAAAGAUGUACAAUCUAGAUUACCACAUUCAGAAAAUCACAUUAUAACAGUAAUUAGGAUUAACUGAAUUUAUUGUGUAAAUUACCUUGCUGUACCUUUUCUUGGAUGUUUUAUACCAAAAGAGGACACCUCACUGAGUGUUUUCCUGAGCAGAGAAUGAGAGAAUUGAGGCAGGUUUGUGAGAAGUCAGAAAAGUGUAAAAUGCAGUGGUUUUGGUCCUGCAGGACGGUGAGUGAACACAGAGACAUCUGUAUAGAGACAGUAUCCAAAGUUUGGGUCAAGGCUGAUGGUCAUAACUUACAUACCAAGUCAUAACAUUUUAUUCAAUCUGAACCAGCAUGAAUUCUGAAAAUUAUCUAUAAAAGAUAUUGCCAUGUCUCUAAUAGUGCCCAACCUAAAUAUCACCAGAAAUCUCUGUUUACAGAGUCUCUAAAAGGGCAGUGCAGCAACAUGAUCAAAUAAUCUCACUGAACUAAAAUUGUGAAAAAGAAUGACUAAAAAUCCCCCAACCAUUAUUUAAACAACUCUAAACUGGUUUCUAAUUUAAUUUACAAGCUGUGAAACUUACUAUAUGAGGUAUGAUGAAGAAUCAAACAACCAAGCUGCCUAAACUUAAAAUUCAAAGGUGAUCGGCCCUUUUCUGUAGCUGUAGCUAAUUUUGGAAUAAUCUUCCACUUUUUUAUAAAGGAAUCAGCCACAGUGGAUAUUUUUAAGUCCAAUUUAAAAAUCUAUUCACUUAGGCAUCUCUCAAGAGUCCUGAGCAGAUUAUGCUGUUCACUUUGUCUUGGUCUACUGUCUUGUCAUCAGGUUCUUUCAUAUGAUUGUUUUAUUGCUUGUAUUUUCUUUUAACAUGUUUUUUUCUGUUUCUUUUAAAUUAGGUUUGUGUUAUAUAAUCUUAUUGUACAGCACACUUUGGUCAGCAUCAUUUUUUAAUGUGCUGUAUAAAUUAUAAAUAAGGAUGAAUAAACUUAAUCACUUGUG